AUGUUCUCCCACUUCGAAGUCUCGGAAAACAGACCCCGGAAACAGCCGCGACGAAAAAGAAUCAGCUUAGGCAUGAUAAAUACUGUGGUUUCAUUAGAUAGAUAA